UUUUGUUGCUGCCCGUUAUUGCCCGUUUCUGUUAGCAGUUUUCCGGCCAACAAGUUGCGCAUGCGCCAGUGUUGGCCCAAAGGCAGGCAAAGCAUUUGCAGCCAGUUGCUGGCUCUGAUGCUGGCUCUCGACUUGACUUGGCUCGGGGUUGCCCAAUGUGCGAGUACUUGUUCAAGCCAUUCGCAUUUUAAUCUUUCUAAACUAUUGGGCAAUAGUUUUGGUUCAUCGGGGGGCCCAGGCCAAUAUGCGAUUAUCUGCAGCAGUUGCAAAUGGGAAACUGAAAUACAAAAAUUGCAGCAAUUUGAAGAAGCUAAACGUGGCUUUGCGGUCAUUAAUAGUGACAUUUGUUGUUGUUGUUGUUGUUGCUGCUUUGUUGCUUUAAUUGACUGGGAAAUUGGGCAAAUGAAAAACGCGCGUAAUUGAAGAAGCAGCCUCGAGUCGACAGCGACUCGAGUGACAACUUUCAAAUGGAAAUGAAUUAUUGGCAGCACUUUCAUUUUAUGGUACAUUUGCAAUUCGAUUUCCUUUCCCAAAAACCAUUCACAGAAGCCGCACCAAUCGCAUCCGAAUCAAACAACAUCAGCAUCAGCAUCCAGCAUCAACUCUGUGAGCCCUGCUUCAAUUGGAUUUGGAUCCCUUUGGCUGCCGAUUCCUUGUGAUCGCACUGACAUUAGCAAAUGGCACAAGAGCCGCGGCGACGUCUGCUCUGAGAGACGAUUGCAAUUACCCCAGCCACAGAGUCGGCAAUUGCUUAUGUAAUUUUCGCUGACUGCAAUUGACAUUUGGAGCUGAACAAAAGGUGAAUCGCGCCAGCUGCCACAGCAUGGACGGACACAAGCCACUUCAAGAUGCCGCGGGCAGGGCUAAUGAGGCAGCAGCAGCAGCAUCAGCAGCAGGCAGUGUCAAUGGGUCGGCAGCUCUGCGUCGCCAGCCGACGAAAUAUCCACAUGGUCUGAACAUAACGGUGCAGACAGUCGAUGACGAGAAGGCCGAUGACUACUCGCGAGCCUCCACACUAAGAAGCAGCAGCAGCAGCAGCGACAUCGAAUCCUGCUGGACCGACACCCAGAAAUAUCGCAUUGGCAUGGUUGGCAGUCCCGAGACGCUGGCCGAGCUCCAGGUGCGUCGCUACAAAUACCCGUUGACGGCGAACUAUUAUCUGAACCGCGCUGGACCCGGCGCUGGCCAGCAGCAGGAGAAGCCCACGCCACUGAUGCUGCUGGGCUAUGCGAAGCGCGCCUGCCGCUGGAAAUAUCUGCGCUGGCCCAUCAUCUUCGUGGCCAGCGUGCUGCUCUUCUUCGGACUGAUCACCUACUGCCUCUGGCUGCACGACGUCAGCGUGGCUCGCGCACGUUUCCUACAGCGUCGCUACGAGAUGGCCUCGUCCAGCUCAACCACCGAAUGGGACGGCCUGCUCGACGACGAAAACAUGGAGGUGCUAACAACGACUACGGAGAAUGUAAAUACCAUGCAAGAGUCGACGCGGCUCAGAGCGGUCGAAAUACACAGGGAACACACGACGGCCAUGUCUGUGACGGAGGCGGACACUCCGGACGGCGAUGAUGACUAUGACGAUGUGCUGCUACCGGCUGACAGUAUUCGCUUCACCUCCGGCCACCAGAAUAGCUUCGGAGUGCCCAUCGAACAGGAUAAGCGAAUGCUGCAACUGCUGAAAGAGCUACUGCCGAAGCCGCACUCCACGCCCCCCGCCAAUGUGCAUCUGUUGACACGCGUGUCGCCAACGCUGCCGCCGCCCUCGGGGGUCAGCGGCAGGCCGACUGAGGCGAUGACCACGACACCGUCGAGCAGCAUCGGCAGCGGCUGCAUUUCGACGGCGCUGCCCAUGUGUCGCGGCAUCCUGGACUAUGAUCUGACCUACAACAAUGGCAACGGAGCACCCCGCGACGCUGCCUCCAUGGCGGCCUACGAGCAGCUCAUCGGCGCCAACUGUUCGGCCCGAGCCGUUGAGUUUGUGUGCGCUGCUCUGGAGCCGGAGUGCCGACCCCUGCACAUUGGCCAGCUGCCGCCGUGCCGGCGCAUUUGCAAAGCCAUACUGGAGGCCUGUUCCAUUGCGAUAGCCAACUCGGACCAGCUGAGCGAGCUGUUCGACUGCAGCCAGUACCCGGAUGCGCACGAGACGCACAAGUGCGAGGACCCAACGCGCAGGCGCGACUUUUGCUACAGCAACGAGUUCCAGUGCCACGACGGCAGCUGCAUUCCCCAGCAGUGGCAGUGCGACAAUAUCAAGGACUGCGCGGGCGGCGAGGACGAGGACGAGCAGUGCCUGGUGUGCGAGCACGAGGAGUUCCGAUGUCGUUCCAAUGAGAAGUGCAUAGCUGAGAGCCUGCGCUGCGAUCUCAAUUACGAUUGCUUCGAUGCCAGCGACGAGGAGGACUGCGACGAUUACGGCUCCGGCGAUGCGGCGCCCUUCGAUGAGGCUGAGCUGAAUGCCUUUCCGCGCAUUUUCUCCUACGCCAGUUUCCUCUCGCCCAACGAGACGAACGAAAAGCUCUACACCUACAUCACGGCCACCACGGACGAGGAGGCGGGCACCGAGACCAAGUUCCAGGUGCAUCAGGUGGCAGCGCCUGCCCAGGCAGCGAAUGCCAGCGCCGAGGAAGCAGCGGGCGGACCUAAGGGCUUUGUGAACUUUCGGGACAGCAAGGAGAUCAUGAUGACCAGCGACUCGGAGAACAAGUUCAAGUAUUCCGCGCAGCGCUCCAAUCGCACCAGCAACAAAUUCAGCAUCUCCACGGCCACAGCGCCGACGCGCAGUGCCAGCGCGAUUCCGCCGUCGACGCUGGCGCAGCAGCGCGAACGGGAGCGCAUCACGAUCAGCAGCAGUAGCAGCAGCAGCAGCAGCAGCAGCACGAGCAGCAGCACGUCAACUACAGUGGCCACGCCCACCAGAGUGCCUGGACGCUGUUUGCCGCACGAGCUGCGCUGUGUGAGUGGCAAGUGCAUAACUGUAAAUCAACUGUGCGAUAAGCAAAUAGACUGUCCCGAUGCGGCUGAUGAGAUCAUGUGCGUCUAUCGUGAAAGGCCCAGUGUGCGUGCUGUAUCCACCACAACAACAACAACAACAGCAAAGACAACACCCACAACAAUAACAACAACAGCAGCAUUAACAACAACAACAACGCCAGCAAUGACCACAACGAGACGUUCGGUGCGAACCAGUCCCAAUCGAAGUCGAAAGCCCAAGUCCUAAGCAGUUGAACUAUAGCCGCUGUACAUUAAAUGCAAUUUGAUACAUCUAUUAUUAUUAUUUAUAUAUUACUCUCUUAUCUUUCAAACGCGCGCUCGCUAUAUGUAUGAUAUAUAUAAUAAUUGAUAAUUGGCUAGAUCUUAA